GUUUGAGGUUAUGUCGGCAAUCUUGAUCUUGUACGUUCUCUCGAUUGUGAGAGGCUUUCAUUAAGUGAAUAAGACGAAAAAAAAGCGGAAGAUAGAAAGAGGAAGGAAUCAUAAAAGGCUAAGACUACUGUCGACGGUUGUGAACGUAGAAAAUAAACAAACCCUGCUCCACUAUGGUGGGUCGUGGAUGGGCGACUUUUUGUUUUACAUUCCUUUCACAGUUAUACGUUUGCAUGUAAAGCUCUGUAUUCCUUUCAUUUUUAUCGUGCUAUCAUAUAAAAGGCGAACGCGUGCUGUGGCCUAACAGAUCAAAACCAAGUGGCCUGAGCUACAGAGGGAUCACAGCCAAUCCAGAGCAGGUUUCAGGGAUAAACCUGCAAGCAAUAUGAUGCCGAGACUUUCGUUGAGUUUUCUCUUGGUCGGCGCUGCUGUCUUAGGUUUUGCUCAUGCAGGAGGACACGGGCAUGGCGGACACGAUCAUGUAGUAAUCCACGUGCCGUAUAAGAUCAAGACAAUCCAUCAUACUCAUACGAUCACUAAACACAUCCACCAUGGCGGUGGCGGUGGUGGUGAUAAGUACGAAGUCCUUGGCUACACCGUGGGUCAUCCUAUCGACCUCGGUGGUCACGGAGGUGGUGGUGGAGGCGGUGGACACGAUUUCGGCGGUGGCUUCGGCGGUGGAUUCGGCGGAGGUUAUGGAGGAGGUUACGGAGGAGGUUAUGGUGGAGAUUUUGGCGGCGGCCAUGGAGGCGGUGACUUCGGUGGGGAUUUUGGAGGAGGUGGUCAUGAAGAUUUUGGAGGGCAUUAGCUCACCUCUUAGGAUCCUUUGAUCAACUUUAAAUCGUACCAAAUAUUCUAUCUCCUAACGAACACGCAGAAUGUUUAAAAUCAAGAUCAACAACCGGCAUCCAUAUUGGAUAUUUUAUAUUAAUGGAAUAUUCUAACCCACCUGCUUUCAAUCGUGGUGAAACUCCGAAGUAGUUCUUUGACAAUCACUGGGUAGCGAAAUCAAAAAUCUCACGUAGAACGUUGAUAUUGUUGUUUUUAUGAAAAGAAAGAAGAAAGUGCUUCGGAACUGGUUUCGGGCGGGAUAAGUGAAGGGGUUGCUGUGUGGGAGUGACAAUCACUUUCUAUCUAUCGUUAUACAUUCUCUUACCUGUACCAUUCAUCCUAGUCUGUCGUUAAACCUCCAUCAUGAUCCGUGUACAUAGUUUUAAUCGUUAUUAUCUUUAUUUUUUAUACUUGUUGAAAUGACCUGUUAAAUAAAUUAUAUGUAGAACAGAA